CUGCAUAUUUGUAAGGCGUAUUGAGGGGUCAUCGCAAUUAUUGAAACCACAAAAUACUUCGUUUUGCUUUGAGACUGCCCACAUCUAGUAUCGCCGCUUUUACUUUGCCUGCUUCCGAGACCCCAACUGCAACCCUACUCACGGUCCCGGAUGCGCGAUACGUCGGCACUCCACAAGUCCCUCAACCAGAAUACAGGAGCAGCAAGUAAUGCAAAACAGACGGUAGCAGGCGGGCGUGAGGGCACGCCACAGCUCUCCGAUGUGCCCGUCCACCUGCGUAGAUCUGGCAUGCUCAGCGAAUAUGCCGUCCGACCUGAGGAAUUCAUCGACGAUGAGGAGCUCGACGCACCCCCACCUGCAGUCGAAAACGAAAGUGUAGUGUUUGGAUUGCCGACUACCCGGUCAUUUCAGAGGCCGCCUCGUGCUGCAGGGCGGUCUGCGGUGGCGAGAGAUGGUUUGGCGAGAGGUGGGCUCGUCGGGGCUGCGGGGAAGCAGGACACCGCUGCAGGUGCUGCACAGGGUGGGGCUGAUGUGCCUGUCUCGGGGGAAUCAGCUCCUCCCACACAGCGCCGGUUCAAGCCAUCGGACUAUGCCAAAGCGAUGCAGCCAAAGGUGAUGCUGCCAUUUCAGUCUCGGCCUGGGCAGAUUCCGAGACGGAUCGAGAUCGAGCGGAAGAAGAGGUUGUUUUCGAAACAGAACAUUGCCCAGCUGAUUGAUCAGGCGAUUGCUGAGACGCGGAAAAAGCUGGAUGAGGAGAAGGGUGUUGAAACACAGAAACCAGCAGCUGCUGCUGGCGGCGAUGCCGAUGUCACGCCGGACGGGCAGAGCAAGCAAGACGCAUCAGAACUUGCGGAUUUCCUGCCGCUCGACAGAUUUGAUAACGCGGAAUUCGAACCGCGCGAUAUCUCCGAAUGGCUAGAUAUGGAGACCUACGGCGCAGCCACCGAACAGCGACACCAACAGAACGUAACGCGGAAAGCCACCCCAGCCCCGCCCGUGACGGCGGACGGAACACGCUUUGCCACCAUCCCUGUCCCGGCGCAGGCCUUCAACGGGACGUACUGGCGGCACUGCUUCGUGCUUGGAUACAACGAGAAAACCAACCUGUGGAAGGUCCGCUGGCGGAACAUCAGCGGGUGGGCGUAUAACAGGAUUGUGGAUGUUGAAGAUGGCGACCAUGCGGAGGAGCCUGAUGACGAUGGGGAGGAUGAUUCGGAAUCGGGCGAUGAGAAGGAUGAGUUUCAUGCUGGCGCGCUGAGGGCGGCGACGAGGAAGGAAUCGUGGAUUCAUCGAAUCAACUUGCUGUUCCUUGCGGAAGAUCCCUUCAUCUUCGCACAACGAGUCGCGGCGGCUUAUCGACUGCGGGAAGAAGUUGCAAGAUCGUUGCAAUACAGCUUCUACAUCGACUGCAUGCCCAUGGAGCAGUCCUUGCAGAUCCCGGGGGCGCAGCUAUCGCGCAUCGGAUUGCUUGCACAAGGGCGGAAAGCAACCGAUAAAAAAGCGCCCGGAAAGGCAUCCGUUGAUCAUAUUAUGGAAGAGAUCAGAGGAGACUUUGCCCGCGCCAUGAACAAGCAGCUGUUUGAUGUUGAGGUCACCCGGGGAAAAGGUCGGGGACAAUAUGGAGCCGUCGCUUUGCCAGCAAAUAAGGAUGGAGAUGCAUUUUCGAGAACAUCAAUACCAGAGGUUCCGCCAUACGAAUUUUCACAGCAGAAGAAGGGUUUCAGCUUCUCCACCUUCCUCAGCAGCUUGGAAGUCGUGCGCACCUUUUCCAGAAUACGCGUGGAGGCGGAUAGGCUGAUGAGCAUGAACCUGAUUGUCACAAACAUCACCAAAACAAUGCGAUUGGAUGAGUUUGAGACGUUGCAGAACCAGAAUCUGCAGACUGUGAAGAGUUCGUUGAAAGACAGCUGGGUACCUGCGAACAAAACAGCGUUGAAGAACGGCUUCAAAGAGGUCGGCAAGGGAUGGUACAACAUGAAAGAAACCAAUCUCGAAGUCUACAACGGCAGUAAGCUCAAGAAGCUGAUGAUAACCGUUAAAUUCGUGAUGCAAGACUCGCUUCGGUUUCUCGUGCUGAACUCGCUGAAGGAUUUCGUCCGACUCGUGAGCAACGUCACAAACCAGAAAGUCAUCAUUGCUGGAACCAACGAUGUAAAGAUUCUGGACGCUGAAGGGCCGGCGAAGUUUGCGAAUGGAGACAUUGGGGCCCGGCGACCGCUUUUUGCCCUCGAUCUGGUGUUCCGGAAUGGGAAGUUGCAGUACAAUCUUGAUUUCCAGCACUUUGAGACGGUGUUGAUGUCCAUCUUUGACAAGUCGCUGACGACUGUGGAGGGCUUGCCUGAGCUCGAGCCGCUGGUGUUGGACCAAAUGUUUUGGGCAGCGAAACCUACGCUGCAGACCCCAAGCGCGAGGGACCCAUCUAUCUCACGAUUGAGGAAGAGUCUGCUGCACGCGAUCAGGGCUGGGUUGGUUCCACUGGAGAAGUAUUACCGUCAGUACGACAAGCACAUGAAGCUACUCACGCUGGAUCUCGCCCAGUACUCGCAGGAGUAUGAGGCAGAGGAGCACAGUGUCGAGGACAUGGAGAAGGACAUUGCGCGGCACGCAAAAGAAUGGGAGCUGCUGGAUAAGGAGGUGCCGAGCCAUAUCUCGCUCGGCCUGUUCUGGGUGAGCUGCGAAAGCAUCCGAACCGCGAUGAAGAAAGAUCUGAGCAAAGUCAUCCUGGAUAUUCUCAGCCGCCGAGCAGCCAAACUGGCCCAAAACGUCUCGCAGACAUUCAACACCAUCCAGUCGAAACUGAAAGAGAGGCCGGUGAAGAUCGAAGAGCUCACCGAGCUUCGCGAGUACAUGCGCACCAUCCCAGAAACCGUCCGCAUGCAACACUCACGCAUCACCGAGAUGCUGCAAUACUAUGACGUCCUCGAGAAGUACAGACACGAGCUCUCAAACGAGGAUUUCCGAGCCAAGUGGCAGGCCUACACAUGGCCCAUGCGCGUUGAUGAGAUGAUCAAGCAGACCGAAACAUCGCUGGAGACCGACGAGCAGACCUUCCUCAAGAACCUCGCUGCUGACCAGGAGAUCUUCAAAGAGCGCGUGCACACAUUGAGCACCAUUAUCGUCGACUUCAGCAAGCAUUCCGAUGUUGGGAAGAUCGCGGAUAUUGCAUUGGAGGUGCAUAAAACGAGCCAGGAGCUUAAAGAAUGCCAAAACCUUGCGGCGCUCUUCAACAGCCGAGAGCGCUUGUUCAACCUGGAAGUUACACACUAUGACGAGGUCUCGCAGCUUGGCAAGGACUUUGAGCCUUAUAAGAACCUGUGGCUGACCGCGGCCGAUUGGACAAAGUGGAGGACGCAGUGGCUGAGCGGAAGUUUCUUGGACUUGAAUGCAGAGGAUGUCGAGAAGAACUUGAUGAACGCUUGGAGGGUCAUGUUUAAGAGUGUCAAGACAUUUAAAAGCCAGCCGGGAUGCUUGGCUGUUGCUAUGCAGAUGAAGGAAGAAAUGGACGAUUUCAAGCCCAAUCUGCCCCUCAUACAAGCCCUUCGAAACCCAGGAAUGAGAGACCGCCACUGGGAUCGCUUGAAUGAAGAGAUGGGCACCAAGCUGCGACCGGAUGCGUCACUCACCUUGACGGACAUCCUGAAGAUGAACCUGCUUGAGCGUGUUGACACUAUCACGAAAGUGUGCGAUACCGCCGGAAAGGAAUACUCCAUCGAGGCGGCGCUCGACAAGAUGGACAACGAGUGGAAGUCCAUUGCUUUGGAGAUCAUUGCAUACAAAGACACUGGCACCGCUAUCAUGAAGAUUUCCGACGAAGUGCUGCGGUUGCUGGAUGAUCAUCUUGUCAUGACGCAAAGCAUGAGCUUUAGCCCUUACAAGAAGCCGUUCGCGGAUAGGAUAGCCUUAUGGGAAAACAAGCUGCGUACCGUGCAAGAAGUGGUCGAAGCGUGGAUGGCAUGCCAGCGCUCAUGGCUCUACCUCGAACCCAUCUUCAGCAGUGACGAUAUCGUUACGCAGCUACCAGCCGAAAGCAAGCGGUUCACUACAAUGGACAGGACAUGGCGCCGCAUUAUGUCUCAAGCAAAAGCGAAACCGGGCGUAAUUGAGUUUUGCAGCGAUUACAAGCUUCUCGACUCCUUCCGCGAAUGCAAUAAGCUACUUGAACUCGUCGCCAAAGGGUUAUCGGCGUACCUCGAAAGCAAACGUAUCGCCUUCCCGCGAUUCUUUUUCCUCAGCGACGACGAGUUGCUGCAGAUCCUAUCGCAGACAAAAGACCCUACCGCCGUGCAGCCGCAUUUACGCAAAUGCUUCGAAAACGUUGCGUCUCUCGAAUUCGAGCCGGACAACCGCAUCGUGGCCAUCUAUUCUGCAGAAGGGGAGAAAAUCAUGGUCGCGGAGCCUUUCUAUCCCAAAGGACCCGUCGAGGGAUGGCUCCUGCAGGUGGAGGAUCAGAUGCGCAAGAGUGUGAAGAGGGUCAUCAUCGAUGGGCUCGCUUCAUACCACACCAAAUCACGCACGGCUUGGGUGUUGGACUGGCCUGGGCAGUCGGUCAUCGCGUGUUCGCAAACCUACUGGACGAAGGAGGUUACGGAAGCCAUCAAGACCGGGACCGUGAAAGCGCUAUACCAGCGCCUCCUAACUCAGUUGGACGGACUGGUCGGCUUGGUCAGGGGAGAGCUGCCCUUCCUCAACAGACUUGUGCUUGGCGAUUUGAUCGUCAUUGAUGUGCAUAGUCGUGACGUGGUCAAGAAGCUUGUCGACGCCAAUGUGUCCAACGAAAAUGACUUUGAGUGGAUCAGUCAGCUUCGAUACUACUGGGAAGAGGAUGACCUGCGGGUGAAAAUCGUCAAUGCGAACUUCCGAUACGGCUAUGAGUACUUGGGUAACACUGGGCGGCUAGUCAUCACUCCGCUCACUGAUAGAUGUUACUUGACGCUUUCCGGCGCGAUGCAUCUGGGAAUGGGAGGUGCUCCGGCCGGCCCUGCUGGUACCGGAAAGACGGAGACGGUCAAGGACCUCGCCAAAGCUCUCGCCAAGCAAUGUGUUGUGUUUAACUGCUCUGACCAGCUGGACUAUUUGGCUAUGGCGAAAUUCUUCAAAGGACUUGCAUCCAGCGGUGCAUGGGCCUGCUUUGACGAAUUCAACCGUAUUGAUAUCGAGGUGCUCAGUGUCGUUGCACAGCAAAUCCUGACGAUUCAGAAGGCCGCUGCAAUGGGAGCCACACGAUUCAUGUUUGAGGGCGUGGACUUGCCCUUGGACCCUACGAAUGCGAUCUUCAUCACCAUGAACCCUGGGUACGCUGGUCGUACCGAGUUGCCUGACAACUUGAAGGCGCUGUUCCGCCCAGUUGCUAUGAUGAUUCCCAACUACGCCAUGAUUGGCGAGAUCUCUCUGUUUUCGUUCGGGUUCAGCAAUGCGCAAGUGUUGGCCGACAAAAUGGUGGCUACCUUCAAACUGAGCUCGGAGCAGUUAUCAUCGCAAGAUCACUACGAUUUCGGUAUGCGGGCAGUAAAGUCCGUCAUCUCCGCUGCUGGAAACCUCAAGCGUACGGAUCCGAAUGGGCCGGAGGACAUCAUCAUGUUGCGGGCGCUCGUGGACUGCAACUUGCCGAAAUUCCUCGCGGACGAUGUACCACUAUUCAACGGCAUCAUCAGCGAUUUGUUUCCGGGCAUUGAGCUGCCCAAAAUCGACUAUGGAGACUUGCUUGAGGCGCUUCAUACAAGCUGCAAUAAAAUGGGUCUGCAGCCGGAGGAGUCUUUCAUCAGCAAAUGCAUUCAGCUGUACGAGACGACUAUCGUGCGUCACGGUCUCAUGUUGGUCGGACCUCCAGGCGGAGGAAAGACUAGCUGUUCAAGAGUUUUGGCGCGGAGUUUGAGCAGUCUGCAAGGAAUCAAAGCGCCGAAUAACACCACCUUCCAGAAGGUCCGCAUCCAUGUGCUGAACCCGAAGUCUAUCACUAUGGGUCAACUUUACGGAGAGUUCGACCAGCAAACGCAUGAGUGGUCCGACGGGAUCCUUUCUGCGUUGAUGAGGGAAGGUGUGGAGGAUACCACACCAGAUCGAAAGUGGUACAUAUUUGACGGGCCUGUCGAUGCAGUCUGGGUCGAAACCAUGAACACGCUGCUUGACGACAAUAAAAAGCUAUGCCUGACCAGUGGAGAGAUCAUCAAGAUGGCAUCUACACAAACCAUGAUGUUUGAGGUUCAAGAUCUCGCCUAUGCUUCUCCGGCCACCGUGUCACGGUGCGGGAUGAUUUAUAUGGAGCCGGAAGCCUUAGGGAUCGACCCGCUUAUCAAGAGCUGGAUCGCAAAGGAGGAAGCCGGGAUGCCACCUGCGCUGGCCAGUGUGUUCCCUGCUGCUGUUCAGCCGUUGUUUGAUUACUGGCUCGCUGACGGACUUGUGUACAUGAGGAAGAACUUGAAGGAAGGAGUGCCGACCACCAAUGGACAUCUUGCGACGAGCUUGAUGAAGAUCCUGCAUUGUCUCAUUCAGACGGCGUUGCCAAAGGAGACCGAGGGGACCGCAGCGACUCCUGCACCGGCCGCCGAUCAGACGAAUCACUUCGUACAAACCAUCGAGCCUUUCUUCCUUUUCUCAUUCAUUUGGUCUCUCGGCGCCACCACCGACCGGGUCGGACGGGAAAAGUUCGAUUACUGGAUGCGAGAAGCUCUGAAGGAAAGACCAGCCGCCAUUCCUCUGCCUGAAGCAGGGCUGGUCUACGACUACGUGUACGACCUGGAAAAAGCGGCGUGGACCGGCUGGAUGUCCUCGGUUCCUGAAUUCCAGAUGACCCCCAAAGCGAACCCAAGCGAAACGAUUAUUCCGACCCUGGAUACAGUCCGGAACUCGUACCUCCUUCAUCUGCUGUUGAACAACGGAUGCCAUGUUCUGACCACAGGUCCGACUGGAACGGGGAAAACGGUGACCGUUCAAGACAAGAUCCUGAGAGGAGGCGAGGUAUCCGUUAUGCCGCUAAUAUUCAAUUUCUCUGCUCGCACCGGAGCCAACCAGACGCAAGAUUUGAUGGACAGCAAGAUGGAGAAGCGUCGGAAGGGUGUGUUUGGGCCUCCGGUAGGCAAGAAAUACGUGGUGUUCGUGGACGAUUUGAACAUGCCUGCCUUGGACCUCUGUGGUGCACAGCCCGCCGUUGAACUAUUACGGCAAUGGAUGGACUGCGGAGGCUGGUACGACAGGAAAAAUGUCGGCAAAUUCAUGGAGAUAGUCGACAUCACCUUCGUCUGCGCCAUGGGGCCGCCGGGAGGUGGUCGCAAUCCAGUUACUCAACGGUUUACGAGACACUUCAAUCUGUUCAGCUAUGUGGAGAUGGACAACCCCUCGCUUCAGCGCAUCUUUGGCACGAUCCUUGGGUCCUUCCUUAACAGAUUCUCGCCGGAUAUACAAAAGCAGACAACCCCCAUUGUGUCCGCGUCCAUCAACAUCUACAACACCAUCCGAGCCGAGCUCCUUCCAACACCAGCAAAGUCUCACUACACAUUCAAUUUGCGCGAUCUUGCCAAGGUGGUCUUGGGUGUGUUGAGUGCCGAUCAGAAGUCUAUUGCUAGCUCAGCGGAUAUCGUACGGCUUUGGGUACAUGAGUGCCUUCGCGUUUUCCAAGAUCGUCUGGUCGACAACACUGACAAGAGCUGGUUCUUAAGCUUGGUCAAAGAAUCGAUGACCCAGAGCAUCGGAAUGGACUACUCGGAUGUGGUCACCACUGAACCACUCUUGUACGGAGAUUACCUCACUCCCGGAGCAGAUCCCAAGAUUUAUACAGAAAUCAAGGACAUGAAACGGCUGGUGAAGCUUUCUGAAGAAUACCUUGAUGACUACAAUGGUACCACCACGAGUCCCAUGAGGCUCGUGAUGUUCUUGGACGCCAUUGAGCAUGUCAGUCGGAUAUGCAGGAUCAUUCGACAACCGGGCGGCCACGCGCUUUUGCUCGGUGUCGGAGGUAGCGGAAGGCAGAGCUUGAGUCGACUUGCGACAUUCAUGGAAGAAUACAACAUCUUCCAGAUUGAGAUCACAAAGAGUUACGGUCAGACGGAAUGGAAAGAGGAUUUGAAGAAAGUUCUUUUUGCUUCAGGUUUGGAAGCCAAGCCGACUGUAUUCCUGUACGCCGAUACGCAGAUUAUAUCCGAAAGCUGCGUCGAGGAUGUGAACAAUCUUCUCAACGGCGGCGACGUGCCAAACAUCUACACGGGCGAGGAAACAGAUCGAAUUUUGAACGGCAUGCGACCGAUUGCCAACGAUUUGGCCAUCUCGCCUACCCGCGAAAAUCUCUUCGCCCUCUACAUCUCCCGAGUCAAAGCUAAUCUGCAUCUAAUCAUCUGCAUGAGUCCCAUCGGCGAUGCUUUCCGAACUCGGCUGCGUAUGUUCCCCAGUUUGGUCAACUGCUGCACGAUCGACUGGUUCUCCACAUGGCCGGAAGAGGCGCUGAGGAGCGUUGCGGCCAACUCCGUUGCUGAAAUCAAUGACUUGGGGUCUGAGCAGGUCAUUGAUGGAAUCGUCAAUCUUUGCGUUGUUAUGCACGAGUCUGUUCGCCAACGCUGCAUCCACUACAAAGCUGAACUCAAUCGGAAUAACUACGUUACACCCAAAUCGUAUCUUGAGCUGCUUGGAUUAUAUAGGGGCCUGCUGGACAAGAAGAGGAACGAGCUCCUUGCCCUUCGCAAGCGGACUGCGACAGGUCUGGAAAAGCUGCUUAACGCGACGAAGGAGGUCGAGAUUCUGCAAGAAGAGCUCGAGGCGAUGCAGCCCAUGCUGUUGCAAACCAGUCAGGAAACGGAAUACGCAAUGAAGAAGAUUGCCGCUGACAAGGUCGUUGCCGAGGAGAUUCGUGCGAAUGUGGCAGUCGAGGAGGCCGCGUCCAAUAAGAAGGCUGAGGAAACGAAAGCGAUUGCUGACGAUGCCAAGCGCGAUCUGGACGAGGCUCUGCCUGCUCUUGACGCUGCCCUUGAAUCUCUGAAUUCCCUUUCGAAGAACGACGUUAUUGAAGUGCGUUCCAUGCAACGGCCGCCAGAAGGUGUCAAGCUCGUCAUCGAAGCCGUAUGCAUCAUGAAAGCCAUCAAGCCCAAGAAAAUCGAUGGAGACAAGCCAGGCAAAAAAGUAGACGAUUACUGGGAGCCCGGAAAGCAGUUGCUGGCAGAACCACAAAGGUUCUUGGACGGUCUGAUCAACUUUGACAAGGAUAAUAUCUCCGAGCAAACGAUCCAGAAGAUCAAACCGUACAUCGACUCCCCAGAUUUCCAGGUUAGCGUCAUCUCCCGCGUUUCCAAGGCCGCUACCUCAAUGUGUGCUUGGGUGCGAGCCAUGGAGAAGUACUACUACGUGUCCCGAUCCGUGGAGCCGAAGCGUGCCCGUUUGAAGGAGGCGCAGGACUCGUUGGACGAGACGUUACGAGUUCUGGGCGAACUGAAGAAGAAGAUGCGCGAAUCUGAAAUCAACAUCCGCGAGAUGGAGAAACGCUUCAGCGAGUCCGUCGCGAAGAAAGAGGAGCUGUCCCGGAAAGUCGAGGAAUGUAACGUCAAAUUGUCCCGUGCGGGCAAGCUCAUCUCAGGUUUAGGCGGGGAGAAGCAGCGGUGGGCCCUGACGAUCGAACAGCUGGAUACAAAGAUCACCAACGUGAUUGGGGACAUCUUGCUCGCUUCAGGUGCUAUCGCCUACCUCGGCCCCUUCACGGCAGAGUACCGCGCCUGGUUCAUGUCAGAAUGGACCGGGAGCCUGCUCCGGUUCAAAAUCCCGCAUUCGGAGGGGAUAUCGCUUUACGACUCGCUGGGCGAUCAUGUCAAAGUGCGUGAAUGGGAGCUUAGCGGUCUUCCUAAAGACUCCCUGAGUCGGGAUAAUGCCAUCAUUGUUCAGAACUCGAGACGAUGGCCGUUGCUGAUCGAUCCGCAGGGGCAGGCGAAUAAGUGGAUCCGUAAUAUGGAGAAGGACAACACGCUUGAUAUCGUGAAGUUGACGGAUAAAGACUUCUUGCGGACGUUGGAGAAUGCUAUUCGGUUCGGGAAACCGGUCCUGCUGGAGAAUGUGCAGGAGAAGUUGGAUCCGGCUUUGGAGCCGAUAUUGCUGAAGCAGACGUUCAAACAGGGAGGAAGCACGGUGAUUAAGAUUGGAGACAGCAUCCUACCCUACCACGACGAUUUCCGCUUCUACAUCACCACAAACCUCCCCAACCCGCAUUACUCACCUGAAAUCAGCGCAACCGUCACGAUCCUCAACUUCACACUAGCCGCCAGCGGACUCGAAGACCAGUUACUCGCUAUCGUCGUCGCAAACGAGCGCCCAGACCUGGAAGAAGCCAAAAGCCAGCUGACCAUGAACAACGCGCAAAUGAAACGCGAGCUCAAAGACAUCGAGGACAAGAUCCUGUACCUUCUCUCCUCCGUCCAGGGAAGUCCCGUCGACGACGAACGGCUCAUCGACACCCUUGGCGCCUCCAAAGAAACAUCCGAAGAGAUCUCGCGUAAGGUCGCGGCCGCCGAACAAACCGAGAAGGAUAUCGACACCACGCGUAACAAAUACACCCCCGUUGCAGUGCGCACACGGAUCCUAUUCUUCUGCAUUACCGAGCUCGCCAAUAUCGACCCGAUGUACCAGUACUCGCUCAACUGGUUCAUGAACCUUUUCGUGUCGGCGAUCACGCAUUCGGACAAGAGCGACGACAUCGACCAGCGGAUCGUGAAUAUCAACGAGUACUUCACCUACUCAUUGUUCUCGAACGUGUGUCGAUCGUUGUUUGAGCGGCAUAAGUUGUUGUUCUCGUUCUUGCUCAUCAUCCGGAUAUUGAUGAACGAUGACAAGAUCGAUAUGGAUGAGUGGAAAUACCUCCUGACAGGGGGCACGAUCGCAGAGUCCAAGACCCCCAACCCGGCGCCCGACUGGCUGUCCCCCAACAGCUGGCAGCAGAUCCUGACCCUGGCGUCGCUGCCCACCUUCCGCACGAUUGACGAAGAUUUCGCGGAAGACCCGGAACCGCUGAAGAUCAUAUUCGACAGCCAGCAGCCGCACAAGGAGCCGCUGCCGGAGAAAUGGAACACCGCGUUGACCCAGUUCCAGAAAAUGCUCGUGUUGCGGUGUAUCCGCCCGGACCGGAUCACAUCCGCCGUACAGGACUUUGUGGCUGCGCAGCUCGGCGAGCAGUUCAUCGAGCCGCAGACCUCCGACCUGUCCGCGCUGUACAAGGAAUCCACCCCAAUCACACCGCUCAUCUUUGUGCUCUCGCCCGGAGCUGACCCGGCUAGUUCGCUGUUCAAAUUCGCAGAGGAGAUGCGGUUCAGCAAGAAACUGAACGCCGUUUCACUUGGACAGGGCCAGGGCCCGAAAGCCGAGGUCCUGAUCAAGGAAGGCAUGGAACGCGGGCUCUGGAUCCUCCUCCAAAACUGCCACCUCGCCCCCUCCUGGAUGCCCACCCUCGACCGCAUCAUCGACGGGAUGACGCCCGACCGUGUGCAUCGCGAUUUCCGAAUCUGGCUGACAUCCAUGCCGACCCCCAAAUUCCCGGUCAGUAUCCUGCAGAACGGGGUCAAGACGACCUUGGAACCGCCCAAUGGCAUUAAGGCGAACUUGCUGAGGACGUAUGCGACGUUCAAUGAUGAUUAUUUGAACUCUUGUGCGAAAGUGAGGGAGUGGAAGAAGUUGCUGUUUUCGAUAUCGUUCUUUCAUGCGGUUGCGCAGGAAAGGAGGAAGUUUGGCAGUCUUGGUUUCAAUAUUCCUUAUGAGUUUACUGACGGCGACAUGCGAAUCUGCAUCCGCCAACUCAACAUGUUCCUCGAAGAAUACGACGAAGUCCCAUUCAAAGUGCUCAAAUACACCGUCGGCGAGAUCAACUACGGCGGCCGCGUCACCGACGACUGGGACCGUCGUCUCAUCAUGAACAUCCUCGAAGACUUCUGCAACCCUAAGGUUCUCGACGACGGGUACCGCUUCUCCUCCAGCGACGUGUACUUCUCGAUCCCGCCUGACAACUACAACGGGUACCGCAACUACGUCAAGGGACUGCCGAUUGAGGAGACAACCGAGAUAUUCUCGAUGCAUGAGAAUGCGAAUAUUACGUUUGCGCAGAAGGAGACGUUUACGUUGUUUGAUACGCUGUUGGCGUUGAUGCCGAAGAGCUCGAAGAGUGCGGGGUCGAAGACGAGAGAGGAGUUGUUGGCGGAGACGGCCGAGUCGAUUCAGACGAGGGUGCCGAAGCCGUUCCCGAUUGAUGCCGUGAUGAAGAAGUUCCCGAUUGAUUACCGGGAGUCAAUGUCAACGGUCCUAAUCCAAGAAGUAAUCCGCUACAACCGCCUCCUCAGCACCAUCCACUCCACCCUCGUCGAAUUGGUCAAAGCUCUCAAAGGCCUCGUCGUCAUGUCCGAAGCCCUCGAACUCACCUGCAACUCCAUCUUCAUCAACCAAGUCCCGCACGUCUGGGCCGCAAAAGCCUACCCCUCCCUCAAAUCCCUCUCUUCCUGGGUGAUCGACCUCAUGUCCCGCUGCGAGUUCAUCCAGGGGUGGAUAAAUAACGGGAUCCCGGCCAUAUUCUGGAUCUCGGGUUUCUUCUUCCCGCAGGCGUUCUUGACGGGCACGCUGCAGAAUUAUGCGAGGAAAUAUACGUUGAGUAUUGAUACGCUUGGGUUGGACUUUAGGAUUUUGGAAACGAGGUGGGAGGAUGUGGCCCAGAAGCCGCCGGAUGGGUGUUAUAUCCGUGGAUUGUAUCUGGAGGGCGCGAGGUGGGAUGGGGCAAGGAGGAGUUUGGUGGAGAGUCGGCCGAAGGAGCUGUAUACCGAGAUGGCUGUCAUCUGGAUCUUGCCGAAACCGAAUAGGAAGAAGCCAGAAACAGGCAUCUACAACUGCCCCGUUUAUAAAACGUUGACUCGUGCAGGAACACUAUCAACGACGGGUCACUCCACAAACUACGUCCUGACCAUCGAACUGCCAACGGAACAACCGCAAGCGCACUGGAUCAAGCGCGGGUGUGCGCUGGUUAUGUCGCUUGGUUCGGGAUGGUAGAUUGCGGGAUGGAAGUUCUAUUUGUAAAGAUGUGGACAUGUAUAUAGACGACUUGUAUUUUGGGAGUGUAUGAUCUCAUAUCGCC